CCUGCCGGUCAGACCUAGCUCAUCCUAUUUCACGCAACUUCCUCUGAUGAGGAUUGGCCUCUCUUGCAGAAAAAAAGCAAUUACAGGAGACCUACUGGGUUUUCAUCUUGGCAGAAGCUCCGUUGCGGGUUUGGAGGAGCCCAGCUUCGAGGAAGUCUCAGGGAAGUUGCUGAGAAGGCCUGGGGAUGGCGGUGGUGGUCCUGCUGGGGCUCGGCUGGCUGUGCACCCCGCUGGGAGCUCUGGUGCUGGACUUCAACAACAUCAAGGGCUCUGCGGAUGUGCAAGGGGCCUGGAAGGGUUUGCAGUGUGUGUCUGAUGAGGACUGCAGUACCAGAAAAUUCUGCCUCAAACCCCAAGACGAGAAGCCCUUCUGUGCUACCUGCCGUGGACUGCGGAGGCGGUGCCAGCGCCCUGCUAUGUGCUGCCCAGGGAUGCUCUGCGUGAACGAUGUCUGUACGACAAUGGAAGAUGCAACCCCGAUACUAGAAAGGCAGAUAGAUGACCGAGAUGAUGCAGAUACAAAAGGAACAACUGAGCAUCCAGUUCAGGAAAACAAACCCAAGAGGAAGCCAAAUAUUAAAAAAUCACAAGGCAGUAAGGGACAAGAGGGAGAAAGCUGCCUUAGAACUUUUGACUGUGGAUCUGGACUUUGCUGUGCUCGUCAUUUUUGGACUAAGAUUUGUAAACCGGUCCUUCUGGAGGGCCAGGUCUGCUCUAGGAGAGGGCACAAAGAUACUGCGCAAGCUCCCGAAAUCUUCCAGCGCUGUGACUGUGGUCCCGGACUGUCGUGUCGAGGUCAGGUGGCUGGUAAUCGACAACAUGCUCGGCUAAGAGUCUGCCAGAAAAUCUAAACAGCUGUAUGAAGCAGAGGUCUCAGACACAAACUUAAACAUCUUCCCAUGCAAGUAUCUCUUAAAAUAAAAUCUUGCAGCAACUGAAAGAGACUGAGCUGGAGAACCACGAGAGGCUGUCUUGUGAUGAACAGAAGCUGGUUUGGGCUUUUUGUCUAUUUCUGCAGAAAAGUGAUGUGAUUCUAUAACAAAUUUAACUUCGAUCUAGGAAUUCAGCUACUUCAAAUAAAUUUCUAAGUAAUUUCUGGUGAAGUUCUGAUACCUGACAGUAGUUGGGAAGAAGAAUUGAUGAUAUCUGUUGUUUCUUACCAGUGAAAAUUACCCAGAAAUACUUUAUUCUUCCUCAAAACCCCUAUGUUUAUAUUCUUUCAUUUCUUGGAGGGAAAUACCAUUUCACUACAAAAUAAUUUGGUUAAUAAAGAAAUGAGAU